UCAUUUCUUAUAUAGUCAUCUUCCUACCACUUAAGCUUCUUUCUGAAACUUAAUUUUCAGGAAAGUUGAACACUUUUUAUUCAUCUUCCCAAAAAAAAAAAAAACAUCCACAUAAUGUUGCUUCGUGGAUUGAGUCUUUGGACACUUUUUUUGGCCUCGUGCCUUCAUACAUUUGCUUUUCCCGCAAAUGAAGAACCAUCGGUGAUCUUUACUCAAAAACGUAAAGGCAACAGUGGCAGCAAGGAACCUAGUUAUGCUCCUUUUUAUGCUGAAUGCCCUUCUCGUAACAUCGUCGAGACUCUUUCAAACAGUAGCAUUCCUCGUGCCGAGGCACAAUACAUGAGCUCCCGUUCCUCAAAAACCAACACUGCCAUCAAGGAAUUUCUCAGAAAUGCUCAAUUACCCAACAUGGCUGGCGAUAACCUCUCGGGUCAAAAUGGUCCUUCUAUCGGUAUUGCUUUGUCCGGUGGUGGUUUCCGUGCCAUGCUUUUGGAUGGUGGUGCCAUCUCCGCUAUGGACGCUCGCCAUAGCAAUCACACAAUCUUUUCCGGUCUUCUUCAAGCCUCCGACUACAUCGUUGGUGCCGACGGUGGUGCUUGGACCGUAGGUUCUAUGGCCAUCAACAACUUUUCCACCGUUGAAGAACUUUCAAGCAAUGUCUGGCAAUUAGCUCACCCUGUUAUGUACCCCAAGAGUGCUAUCGUCUUUAACGGUAGUUUCUACAAGAACCUCAUGUCCCAAGUCAAGGCCAAGUUGGAUGCCGGUUUCAACGUUUCUCUUUCCGACUAUUGGGGCCGUGUUUUGGGUCGUCCUUUUGGUGAUAGCCAUUAUGGUAUGCCCAACGUUUCUUACUCGAGCAUUUCCGAUCAAGAUUGGUAUAGAAAUGCAAACUUCCCUUAUCCCAUCAUCACUUUUGCUACCAACCAAAACUAUGACGACCAAGUCGAUCGCAACACCACCAUCAUGUUGGAAGCUUCUCCCGAUGUCUUUGGUACCUUUGAUGCUGGCAUUGAUGCCUUCAUCCCCACCGAAUACUUGGGUACUUCCUUGGACAACGGUGCUAGCUCCAACGGUUCUUGCGUCGUCAACUACGACAACAUUGGUUUCAUGAUGGCUUUGUCUUCCACCUACUUCAACACUCAAAUGCGCAACUUUAACGAUUCUAGUACCAAGAACGGUCGUAUCAUCCAACAAUACUUGAAGAGCAACUUUUCUGAACAUGGUGAACAAGUCGCUCCCAUCCCUAACCCCUUCCGUGGUAUUUCUAGCGCUCGUACCAGCCUUGCCAACAACUUGGGUGACGACGAAACCUUGAACAUUGUCGAUACUUCUUUGACUGGUGAAAACCUUCCCUUGUGGCCUUUGAUUCAAAAGGGUCGUGAUGUCGACGUUAUUUUCGCUGUUGAUAACAGUGCUGACUCUGAAUACGUCUGGCCCAACGGUAAUUCUCUUGUGACGACCUACGAGCAUGUUUUGCGUGCUCAAGAGAACGGCAAUAAGAACGUCAAGGGUUUCCCCUACGUCCCCAGCUCCCAAUCUUUUGUAAGCCUUCAUUACAACGACCGUCCAGUCUUCUUUGGCUGCAACGGCCGCAACACCACUGCAGGAGACCGCCCUGUCACUCGUGAUACUCCUCCUUUGAUUAUCUACCUUCCUAAUGUCCCUUGGAACUACUACACAAACAUUUCUACCGACCGUACUUAUUACACGAAGGAUCAAGAAAGCAACCUUCUUUUGAACGGUUUGAUUUCUUCCACCAUGGACAAUGAGACUUACUUUGGUCAAUGUGUUGCUUGUGCCGUUGUUAAGCGUACUUUGGAGCGUCAAAACAUCACUGCUAGCCCUGAAUGCCAGCAAUGCUACCAAGACUACUGCUGGAGUGGUAUCAUCGAUGACACCGCUGCCAACGAUGAUGUUAUCUAUGACCCUACUCCUCGUUUGUAAGCGCAGGUAGUGUAUUAAGGGAAUAUAUAUAUAUAUACAACAUAUCUCUGGAUAUAUAUGCAUGUAUGAAUAUAAUUAAAACACCUGUGAAGAUUGUGUUUUAAAAAAAUUAUUUGUUUGCGUUCACUUUUUAGUAAAGUGAAUGGAGCGCUUUCCGAACGGCAAAUGGUUGUUUGCCGUACAACUUGGAAGAUUAUGGUUUAAUGACCGACAUUGUGAAUCGCUCAUUUAAUCGGAGGAAAGCUCCCUAGUAUUUAAAAAUCUUUUAAUAGUUAACUCAUACAAAAGUCGAAGGUUUUUGGUGACCUUUUGUCGAUUUACAAGACUUUCAUUUUUUGUUGUUUUUAAUCAUCUUCCUUUGAUUGUUUCUUUUCAUGAGCUCAUUGUUUUACAUGGGAGUUCGUGCAAGUUUAUGUUUAUAAAUAGAUAGGUAAAAAAAGUUGUUUGUUCCAUAAUUAGUAUUACUAUUACUAUUAGUAGAAUUACAACUAUUGCUAGUUACGGGAUAGAAUAACAAGUAAAUGGGAACAAUGCUAGUUAGACAAGAAUGUCAUGAAAAAUAAACAACAAAGAAUGUGGUGUAGAAAGGGCCAGGGUGGGAGGUCGUGUAUGUAGGAAUGUUGGAUUCCAUUUGUGAGAGAUUUACUCGGUAUUUGGUUUAUGAAAGCAAUU